GUGAGUGGGAGGUGGGCGGGAACCUGGGGCCCCGGGUCCCACCGGGUCCCAGGCGUCUUUUUCUCGGAUCCGGAACGUCGACCCCUGGGGGACCAUGGCGAAAGUCCUGCGAGGCAGCCCCUAGACGUGGCUUCAUGGAUGAGCUGGUGCAUGACUUGGCCUCGGCCUUGGAGCAGACAUCAGAGCAAAAUAAGCUAGAUGAACUGUGGGAGGAGAUGGCUUUGAGCCCUCGACAGCAGAGACGACAACUUCGAAAACGGAGGGGUCGGAAACGGCGGUCUGACUUCACCCACUUAGCAGAACAUACCUGCUGCUAUAGUGAGGCCUCGGAAUCUAGCUUGGAUGAGGCUCUGAAGGACUGCCGGGAAGUGGCUGCAGUCACCAACUUCAGUGACUCCGAUGACACAAUGGUGGCCAAACGACAUCCAGCUCUCAAUGCCACCUUAAAGAGUAAGCAACACUCCUGGCAUGAAUCAGACUCAUUUACUGAGAACGCACCCUGUAGACCACUGAGGCGGAGGAGGAAGGUGAAGCGGGUGACCUCAGAAGUGGCUGCUAGCCUCCAACAAAAACUCAAGGUGUCAGAUUGGAGCUAUGAGAGAGGUUGCAGGUUCAAAUCUGCCAAGAAGCAGCGGCUGUCUCGUUGGAAGGAGAAUGCUCCCUGGACUUCGUCAGGCCAUGGGUUGUGUGAGACCACAGAAAAUAGGACUUUCCUUAGCAAAUCGGUCAGGAAGGAAAGAAUGGAGUGUGAAGCUGAUGAACAAAAGCAGGGCUCUGAUGAGAACAUGUCAGAAUGUGAAACCAGCAGUGUAUGUAGUAGCAGCGACACAGGUCUCUUCACCAAUGAUGAAGGUCGUCAAGGGGAUGAUGAACAAAGUGAUUGGUUCUAUGAAGGUGAAUGUGUCUCAGGAUUCACUGUCCCCAAUCUCAUCCCCAAGUGGGCACCUGAUCAUCGAUCUGAAGUAGAGAGAAUGGAUGCAGGACUAGACAAACUUUCAGAUUCCACAUUCCUUUUGCCCUCUCGUCCAGCUCAAAGAGGGUUCCAUGCACGCUUGAAUCGGCUCCCUGGAGCUGCUGCCCGAUGCCUCAGAAAAGGACGAAGAAGGCUUGUUGGAAAGGAGACCAGCAUGAGCACUUUAGGGACUGAGAGAGUAGGCCACAUAAUUAGUGACCCACGUCAGAAAGAUUUCUGGUUACCAUCAACAGGGAAGAGAGAGCGCAACCAGGUAAGUUGGCUCUUUGUCAUCUUUAUUUUCUCAUUUGGUUUCCUUUUCUUUAGAAAGAACAAAACGUUGACUUCUGAUUUUCCCCACAUUCCUGCCUGUUCGCAUGAGUUCAAUCCUCUUAGUCCCCUCUAUUCUUUGGAUGUUCUUGCUGAUGCUUCCCACCGAAGAUGCUUACCAGCACACUGUUCUGCCAGACAGGCAAAUGUACACUUGGGACCACCAUGUUCGAGGGACAUAAAGAGGAAACGGAAACCUAUGACCACAGCAUCUCUGUCCAGCCCAACUGCAGCUUUACCUGUUCACAUGGAUGAAGUAGAGGCAAUGCCACCAUCAUCUCAGGCCCAGAAAUCCCCACAUUCUGAGUGGUCAGUCCGGACCUAUGCUGCAGAGAAAACCACUGGGUCAGCUCCAGCAUCCUUUUUUAAAACGCCGCAGGAAAAAAGCCCCGGAUGCAGCUAGAGAGGCAUUUUGACCACCAAGUGUUGGCUGGAUUUGUUAAAACAUUUUAGACUUUGGAUUGUACUGUCCUUGUUAUCUCAUUUGGAAGUACUAUCUCUUCAUCUUCAACACACUUAUCUUCAACCACAGCAGCUUGAUCUCUUUAUUGGAAAAUCAUGCCUAUGAUUCAUUUUUUAAAAAGUAUUAACAUGUUGGGGCAGUUUUAAAAAAAAUUCUAGCUAUGCUGUAUUUAUUAUGUUUAUCUGUCAUUGCUGUCCCAGCAUCUAUCUACAGCUACUUUUACAGAGCUGUUGCUUUUUUGCAGGUGUCUGUCUUUGUUGUUGUGAAACUGGUGACUGUUUUUGCAUCUCGUUUUGUGGCAAGGCUGCCAAUAUCAUUUAAAGAAGAGCUGACUUUGCUACUAGCUCCAGGCAAGUGUGAGAACUGAGUUUAAGGCUAGCAUGAAAUUAUAUUUGUCCAGGAGGUGGGAAACCAAAAACAUGGGGCUGAUUUCAAGGCUGGGACUUUGAAAUUUUGUCUUUUGCUGGUCUCAGAACACCAAGACUCAUCAACUGACUCUGGAUCUUAGGAGAGAUGUGGGCCAGCAACCUGGACCUCAAAAAAAGUUUGUCCUGUCCUGGUAGAUGUCUUAACAGUGCUCAUGAUUAUGCUAUUCAUUGCCCUCUCUCCUGUGUUCUUCUCUUAAGCAAGAAAUCCCACAAACAUGUAUAAAUUGGCAAAAUGAGGAUAACUGAGGUAAAAAUCAGCUCUAAGGUAUUUAGUGAGAUAUUUUUUAAAAAAUUCAUUUCUCAAGUCAAACUCUUCCUUAAGCAGACCUUUUAUCAUGUGAGUUAUUGAUCUCUCAAGCCAGUAACCUCAAGCUCAUAUGUUGCCAUAACGACUGUUUUGGGCCAUCUGCUUUUUUGGUAAGAAUCUCUGUGGUCUCCCUUCAUACUUGAAGCUGCAUUGUGAAAACCUGUAAACAUACCUGAGGCUAGUUGCAAUUGUGUCACUAUGAAGGAUAAGUAAUUGGAAGUGCUGAAGGGAGGCUGCCAUUUCCAAAAGUAGCAUUAGAGCCACCUGUUUAAGGGGCUUGAUUAACUUAAAGGUACUCACUAAAUAGUUUUUGAGUACUUUAUACUGCAAAACAUGUGAGAGUAAAUUGUAAAAGAGUAAACAGUCAGUAAACUGACUAUCUCUUACAUGCAUACUGCCCACAGUACAUUCUGUAGGGACUCCCUCUCAUAUCUCCAAUUAUUUUCUGUACUAAAGUAGAUGUUGAAGGGAGACAAGUGCUCCCAUUUCCUGAAGCCUAGAAGCUUUUCCAGUAAUAGAUUGUAAUCAAGGAACUCCCUUAUUGCUCUCCCUUUUCAAAUCACAUUCUUUUAUAUAUUUGAGAAGGGUUUAAGACCCAGCUUCUUUUCUCCUCCAUAGAAGUAUGUGUUGUCCAUUGUGUUCAGGUACGAAGAUGAAGUAGAUGACACGCUUGACUCACUAUCAAUAGGGUGUACACUUUGUGUUUGUUAAUAGGUUAUGGUCUUUUUGUUAACUAUGAUACAUUAGUCAAUGAUGGGUUUGUGGCUAUGGAAUGUUAUUUUCCCUUGUAUAGUUGAUAGAGUUCUGGACUUAGAAUUAGGAACACCUGGGUUUGAAUCCUGCCUCUGAUGAUUAUGCAAUGUGUGAUUAUUGGCAACUCACUGAAACUUUCUAAGCCUCUUUCCUUGCCUGUAAAAUGGUGGUGAAAAUUGCCAUACCUCCUAGAGUUGUUAUGAGGAUCAGAUGAGAUAAUAAUGUAUUGAAGCACUUCCCAAACUUCAAAGUGCUCUGUCUACCAGCUAUUAUUAGGUUUAAGCCAUGCCCAUUGAUUAUCAGUGCCAUUAUGCUUUAACCUGCAGAACAACUGGCCAAGGUAAUAGAGGUGUAAAUAAUUGUACUGAUCAUUAUAGCCCCCUUUCUGGCUGGAAGUUAAAGGCUAUGUAUCAUCUCAUUUACUUUUAACAACAUCCCACUGAGGCACAAAGAACCACAGUGCAUUUAAGUGACUUGCCACAUAGCCAACCUAAGACUCAAUUCAAGUCUUUAAAUUCUUGGUCCAGAUGUAUUGCCGCUAGACCAAAUUAGUCCUUGAUUAUAUUCUGAUUAAUCUCCACUUUUCAGUAUAUGCAGGGGACAGGGAAUUGAGAGACAGGCUGAGUGAGGGUGGUCUCUUCUUUCUCACGUCCCCGAUUACUUUGUACUUACCGUUAUAUAGAGGCGCCUUAUAUGCUGAUUGCUCUCAACUUUGUAGUGUAUUGUUUGGAUGGUGUGUAGGGUUUCCCUCUCUUCAUUCCAACGCCUUAUAUUCCCUGCUAAUAAUACUGAAGCUUUCCAUUGACCAGCCCAAUUUGCGGAUUGAGAGCCAAAUUAAUGAAAUGAUAUGCCAAAAUGCUUGGUUUGGGGGUGCUCUUGUCUGUUCAUUUGAGUACUUGUAAUAGAUGCCAUUUGGAAAAAUAAUUUGUACCUGGGAAAAUGAUUAUCUAUUAAGCACAUGAAUGCUUUUCAACAUGGGGGUGCAAAUUGUGCUCCUUGACUUAGGUGCUGUAUUUGCAUGCUUAAGGAAUUAUGAAUAUUGACCAAAUGUCUUUUUUUGUGAUGCUUUGUUCUCCAUAUUCUCUACAAAUCGAUUUCUAAAGGAUAUUGAUCCUGAGUAUAUUUUGGUUUUUAAAAAAUUCAUUGUCCUGUUAUGUCACAGUUUUAAGAAAUCAAUCACGGGGGCAGCUAGGUGGCGCAGUGGAUAGAGCACCAACCCUGGAGUCAGGAGGACCUGAGUUCAAAUCUGGCCUCAGACACUUAACACUUACUAGCUGUGUGACCUUGGGCAAGUCACUUAACCCCAAUUGCCUCACUAAAAAAAUAUAAAGAAAUAAAAGAAAUCAAUCACAAGAUCCUACAAAGAAUUUUGGGAAAACACAAUAUUUUAAAAUCAGGUCAUCAACAGAAAGCCCUAGGAUAGUGUGGGACACUGCCUCUUGAGCCAGACCUUUAGCCUACUAAAUAUUUGAUUUGCACAAAAGUAAUAACUGAAGCUGAAUCCCAUAGUUCAUAUUUAUUUCAAAGAUCUGGCAAAUACAAAUUGGCUGCAUGCCCUGUCAUACACCUUAUCUUUUUGGUAUAUUUUCAUAAUAUGCUCCCAAAUCGACAAGAGUCUUAAGCAUUGCACUUUUAAUAGGACCAUUCACUUUCAAGUUUACAUCUAACUGAAGACUUUGAUAAGGUUUUUUUAAUCCUAGUAUUUUAAAGAACUUUGUUGUAACAUUGACAGUCACUCUCCUCACAAUUAUGCCAAGAAAAAGCAGAAAAAAUUAUGUUAUCUUUUAAAAGUGUUAAGCCUUGAAUUUGGUUGCAAAUCUAAAUGCAUAUGAAAAUCAAAUGUAAUAUUGUCAUAGUCAGUAUUUUUCUUUUGGAAGGUAAAAUAGACUGCACCUAAGCCAUUCUAGUGGAGAGAUGACCCUAGUCUGAAAUGAAUGCCUGCUGCUUUGGGGUAUCCCUUACAUUCCAGCCUUACCAUUAACUAGAACUAAAAUGCCAGUAGUGGAUAUAGUAUUUUACUAUCAAUGUUGGAUGUUGCUGAACCCAAUGAACUAAUUAUGUUUUUACAUUAUGGGAAUAAAAGCUGAAUCCAUACUAAGAAGUGGGAAUUCCUAGAUGAGAGAAGAGUCUCUAAAAGUUACAGGAUGAAGAUAAAAAGGGAUUUGCAAUGAUCACAAAAAUAAACUAACCAGUGUUGUUAAAAAAAACAAAAACCAAACAGACCAACAGACCAGGCAGAUGAUGUUGUGGCCAAAAUUUUGCUGUUUCCUGUUUUUCAGAAGAUUGCUUUAGGCAUAAAAUGAUUUUAUUUAGAUAGUUUCUACAUUUUGGUUUGUCCAAUCUUUGUUCUGAGCUAUAGACAUAUCUAGUAAGUUCUUUUGGGGGGUAAAAGCUGCAUCUUAAAAAAAUAGAUUUAGUAUUUUCAUGCUCUUUUAUUUAGUCCAUCUUAGCAGACCUAUGAUGAGGGUAGGGUGGAUACAGUUUUGAUGACAUUGCCUCAGGGAAUGAACUGCCUUAUGAGGUAAUGCAUUUUCUGUCACUGGAGACACCAAGCAAACAAAUUCUAUGACUCUUUGAGGAUGUGUGUUUGUGUGGGGGGGGAGGGGCAAGGUUUUAUGCACUAGAUCAGAGCUUCUUAAACUUUUUCCACUCUUGACCCCUUUUCACCCAAGAAAUUUUUAUG